AUGCUUGAUGAAUCUCUGCCAACGUUCCGACUGAAAUCCAACCGGGUAGAGAAACAUAACGAGACGUACCUGUACUCUCAACAUGGCGCCGAGUUCGAGCCAAAGUACACACUGAAACAUCUAGAUCCGCAACAACAUGCCUCCAAGAAUCGAUACGCUGCAGCAUUGUCCGACUCCUACAACUCCGACGUCCUGUACGCCGAAGUCCUCCUCAUCCCAGAAUGGACGCAGCCCACCUUGAGUGCCGAGCAGAUCAGAUUGAAUGGAGGAGUUCCGCCGCCACCCGAGCCCAUACUGCCUACACAGUUUGCCAUACAAUUAUAUAACCCAGAUCAGCAGGUGAUCGUAAGACACAAACCCUCGAAAUGGAACCAGUCCGAGUCAUGGGACUUUGAAUUGCCAUCGCAGACAUUUCGGGCGCCGUCUUUAUCUGCGCUCGAUCGCAGUCAGGAUGAUCCUUCGAUCUCAGAGAACACACGUCGGGUUGGGCUGCGGUGGAAGAAGGACAGCAAACUCUCAAAAGAUCUCGUCUGCUUCCAGUCUGGCAAGGCAUUGAACCCGGAUGGCACCAAGAAUAAGAAUAAGGAGCCUGAUAUCACGCUGGCUAUCUUUCAUGCCCAGAAGGAGGUCACACUUUACGAGCCGAAUCUGGUAAGAGUGGACAUUGAGGAUGUGAAAGGCCUCGAAGUCAUCAUAUUGCUAGGGGCCGUGGUCAUCCGAGACGUCUACUUUGGCAGCAUGAAAGAAGUCUUUAACCUCACAGACGCUCGCAAAUCGGGCUCAUCACACACUUCGCCUGUCAAUGGUGCUCCAAGACCGAUCCUGAGCCAGAUCGCAACCUCACCCACCGCGACAAACGCUGUACCAGCUCGACCACCUCGCGUGCCUCCCACGGAUCCACGCAGCCAGUGGGAGAUCGAUGCAGAGACUGCUCGUCUGCAGCAGCAAGUCCAAGAGGAAGAGCGACAGCGCAAACGCAGGGACGACGCAGAAGAACGAAGGAUACGGCAGAUGUUGGAAGCAGAAGAGAAGGAAGCCAGACGAAGACAAGCAGAAGUCGACGCAGAAACCGCACGACUGCAGAGGAUCUACGGACAGCAGAGUCGGCCACAAAGCCAGCCUGAACGUCGACAUUCAGCUUUCCCGCAGCAGACCAUGCAGCCUCCCAUGGGCCCACCUCAGCCUAUUGCAUAUCAUACACCAACAGCGUGGGGCUCGUAUAAUGCUGGGCCGUAUAUGUCGGGAGCGAAUGCUCAGAGCGGAUUCUUGAGUCCGAAUUCGCAAUCUCAGGGUCGUCUGAAGAACAAAUCUAGCAUAUGGUCCUUCGGACGGCGGAAGAGCGACGAUGAUGGUGGGCGAUUGACGAAGAAGAGAAGCGCAAUAUUCUGA